CAGAGGCGGCUCCGGCCCCUGAGGGGCCCGCCCGACAGAGCGCCCGGCUCCGCCCGGAGAGCAGGGAAAGGGGACAGCACCGCGGCUUCGGGCUGCAGGGAGGCGCAUUGGGUCUAAUGGUGACGCUGGGACGAGCUGCCCGGCCGUGCUGAGGAGGGAGCUGUCGCUGUGUGAUGGUGCAGCAUAAACAUGGGGCUGCGACCCUGAAAUAAUGGCCAGGCUCUGGGGCUGCACUGCUGGGAGGAGCCAUGGUCAGCGCAGGUGUGUGUCACGAACCUCUGAGAGAAGAUGAUUUUGUGCAUGGAUAUACAUGUCCAUGCAUGUUACUGUAUUUAUGGGUACUUGGGUGUACUAGGUACACCUAUAUUAAAAAAAUAUAAAGGACACAAAGGAAAACUGUAAUACUAUUGCUGGUAGUUAACUCUGUUACUCCUUCCUUGGAAGCGGAUGGUGGCUGUAGUUACUGGCUGUGUCUUUUCACUUGAACAUCUAUAGUUAAUUCCUGGUAACAUCUAAGAUUCUCCAGUGAUGGAAGACUGACUUCCUGUUAACUUCCUGUUGUCAUUUAAAGUUGCUUCUCAAGACGUUUUGGAUGAGUUGUGAAUAAAAAUACCUCUUGCCAACAGAUGAGUGCCACAUCAGCCACAAGCUGUGCCUUGCCACCACCACUUGAGCCCGAGCAAGAGGAGCAAGAGAGCUCGGAGACACAUAUGUCUGUUCUGUGGUAUGCAGGGCAGCUGGCAAUUACUUACUAUGAUACAGAAGAUUGCUCAGUCUACUUCAUGCCUGACAUACCUGAUAAUGAAGACCUCAAGCUACUGCAAAAAGUGAUUGGGGAACUUAACCCUCAAUGCAUAGUGACCAGUGCAAAACAGGACCAGAAUAUUGCCAAAUUCCUGACCAACCUUACAGCUACUUCUGGUGAUAAAGACAUAGGAAAACCAGAAAUUGUCCUGUUUCCCAACAUAGAUUUUGGUCUAGAAGUCAGCAAGCAACGGAUCCUGUCUAGGCAAUUUCCAUUUAUCCCAUCCCAUAUGACUGCUACAGACAAAAUUCUCUAUUUGUCCUCAAUCAUCCCUUUUGAGAGUCCACUCAUGAUACGAGCCUUAGGGGGCCUCCUUAAGUUUCUAGACAGAAGAAGGGUUGGAGUUGAACUCGAAGACAGCAGUAUAGCAGUUCCUAUUUUGGCCUUUAAAAAAUUUGUGCUGUCAGAUACUGUGAAUCUGGACCAAGACACUUACUGUGUCCUGCAGAUAUUUAAAAGUGAUAUCCAUCCUUCUGUGUACAAGCUAUCCAGUGGACUUAAAGAAGGAUUUAGCUUAUUUGGAAUUUUAAACCGCUGCAGAUGCAAAUGGGGAGAAAAACUGCUGAGGUUGUGGCUCACACGACCUACCCGGAACGUUACAGAGCUGAACAAACGGCUGGAUGUUAUCAACUUCUUCCUGCUAGCUCAGAAUCAUGAAACAGUCCUCACUCUUCAAAACUGCCUCAAGAAUAUUAAAAAUGUGCCUCUUAUUUUAAAGAGAAUGACUCUUUCCAACACAAAAGUUAGGGACUGGCAAGCACUGUAUAAGACAGCAUACAAUGCAGUGUGCCUUAGAGACACAUGUCGUUCUCUGCCUAACACUAUUGAACUUUUUCAGACUAUUUCACGUGUUUUCACUGAUGAUCUGCACUAUAUUGCUAACCUGAUCAGCAAAGUGGUAGACUUUGAAGGCAGCCUCUCAGAGAACCGCUUCACUAUUAGACCCAAUGUAGAUGCCGCAAUUGAUGAGAAGAAACGAAAGCUGAUGGGACUCCCAGACUUCCUUACAGAAGUGGCACAAAAAGAACUGGAGGCUUUGGACAAUCAUAUUCCCGCCUGUUCUGUGAUCUACAUUCCUUUGAUCGGGUUCCUUCUCUCCAUUCCACGCCUACCAAAUAUGGUGGAUAAGACUGACUUUGAAAUUGAAGGCUUGGACUUCAUGUUCCUGUCAGAGGAUAAGCUGCACUACAGAAGUGCCCGGACCAAGGAGUUAGACAGCCUGCUGGGUGACUUGCACAGUGAGAUCAGAGACCAGGAAGCACUCAUCAUGCACCAGCUGCAGACAAAGAUCUUGGAGAAGUCUGAAGUACUUAACAGCGUGAUUGAGUACACUGCACACCUGGAUGUGCUGCUAGCCUUGGCAGCGAUGGCCCGAGAGAAUGCCUAUUGUCGACCUCGCUUUACUCACCGCCAUGGCUUCCACAUCAAGGACGGAAGGCAUCCACUCAUGGAACUAUGUGCAAAGACUUUCGUGGCCAAUCCUGUGGACAGUGGUGAGGCUACCAGACGAAUAAAGAUCAUCACAGGGCCCAACUCCUCUGGAAAGAGUGUUUACUUAAAGCAAGUAGGUCUUAUAGUGUUCAUGGCUCUAAUCGGCAGUUAUGUCCCUGCAACAGAGGCAGAGAUUGGAGUAAUUGAUGGGAUUUACACAAGAAUCCACAGCAGGGAAUCAGUUUCUGUAGGGCUCUCCACGUUCAUGAUUGAUCUUAACCAGGUUGCCAAGGCUGUAAACAAUGCCACAGAGAGGUCCCUGGUACUUAUUGAUGAGUUUGGUAAAGGCACCAACACACUGGAUGGCCUGUCCCUUCUGGCUGCUGUCCUGAGGUACUGGAUCAGACAAGGAACACAGUGUCCACAGGUCUUUGUCUCCACUAAUUUUCACAGUUUAAUGCAGCUAGAACUCCUGCCUGACACACCUCUUCUGGAGUACCUGACCAUGGAGACCCAUCAGGAUGGAGAGGAAUUGAUAUUUUUCUAUCAGAUCAAACAGGGCAUGUCCACCAUUAGUCAUGCUGCCAAUAUCGCUGCAUUAGCGGGAAUGCCAGCGAAAAUUAUUGAUAGAGGAGUGGAAGUAUCAGAACUGAUUCGCAACGGAAAACCUAUCAAACGUCUCGAUAAUCCUUCAAAAUGUGAUAGGAUGGAAAAAUGCAAGUCUGUUGUAGAAAAGUUUCUUUGCAUAGACCUUGACGAUCCCCAAGUGGACUUGGAAGAGUUCAUGUCUAAAGAGGUGUUGCCUUCUGCAGCCUCAGUCCUGUAGCAAGGGUAUGUGUAAACACAUAGACUGCAUCAUAUCUACCAUGGACAGUCCGGUACUUCAAAGAAUGAUCACUAUGACAUGACACCUCACAGGACAUUUAGCUUGUAACAAACUGUCUGCAGUUAUGUCCUUCCUCCUUCUUCUUGUUUAAAUCAAGUACUUACAUAUCCCUGCAAUAUGGUGUAUCAUAUGAGUGUAUGAAGAGGAAGAAUUUUAAGAACCUCCUCCAGCUGUUGGGUCACUCAUUUUGUGCAUUUUCUGUCCCUGUUGCUGGAACCUCAGAUUAAUCACAAUCAGCAGAAAAAUCACAACACAUUUCUGCUGAUCUUAGAAGACUACUAAAGGAACAUGUUUAUUGUUUCAUAUUGUGCCAAAGUGAUGGUUUCUGCCAUUUUAGGAUCAGCAUAAAAGAUUCCAAAUAAAUACAUGGCUCAGACUCUUGUACCAACAAUUAACAGUUGUCACAAUACAAACCACUGACACAGAGGCUGGCAUAAGUAGCAAUGCAGAGGGAUUUAAUGGCUCUGUAGCUUUUCUUACACCACCUUUUCAUGCCAGAGAUCCCAGGAGUUAGUUAUAAAAAGAAUGUUGGUGGUCAUAUUCUAUGGGGACUGAUAAAUAGAAGUACAUUAGUUUUACUGAGAACUAUUAUCUUCUUUAAGGUCCUGUAUGAUACAGUUGUAUCAUGCAUUCUAUGUGUCUAUGCCACAUGGGUAUAAAUAAAGGCAAAAUGACAAAUCUAGUAAUGUAAGAGAGAAAUUUCUAUUCUAUUUUCAAUUAUUAACAUUUGAGGAUUAACACCACAAAGGGAGGAUUCCCUUUCACUUCUCUUGUCAUGCAGAGGAUCUUUACUGAAUAUAGUAUUUUAUGUAUGCACAUGCAAGAAAAGUUCAUUAACAAAUUUAUGAUGCAAGAGCCAUAUCUAAACACUAUCAAAGCAAUAACCUCUCCUGCAGCCAGGCAAGUGCCUGAUAUUCCUCAUGUAAAUAAGACAGAGGAGACAUUAGAUAGCUUAUUGUCUGCCAAAACUUGCUCUAACCACUUACAUUAUGGCAAAUAAAAGACAUACUAUAUCUCUCAUCUAUAUGUCAUUUCAAGAAGCCAAAAAUAUUAAUGUCACA